GCAGUAAAAGUUUGAUAAACAGGAUGUGAUGUUUCUGAGUACUUAGUCUGAGUGAAUUUUUUAUCUACUUAUAUUUAAUAUCAUGCGUCUUUUGUGGGUUUUACUUCUACUUCAUCUCUGUCUGCAUUCAAUAACAGCUUGCGGGGACGAGUGGAUAUGGAUAAAUUCACUUAAAAAAUGCUACUUUAUUAGUGUAAUGUCCACCGACUGGGACGAUGCAAAAAGUAAUUGUCAGAGAAAGAAUUCAAGGCUUGUUAGUUUAGACGAAAAUAUUACAAAAUUUAUGAAGAUUUUAAUAGGAAAUAAUAAAAGUUCGAAUUAUUGGAUAGGAAAUGUCAAUAAUACAGUUCCUGUAAAGCUGUCAAACGGGAAAACAUGUUACGCAAUUAAUAGUAGAGGAGUGGAAAUCCGUGCAUGCGACGAAGAAAACGGAUAUAUUUGUCAGCGGGACGGAUCUAAAAUGAUAUAUAAGUUCUACGAUGCGUGUAUCCAAAAGGAGAACCUUACCUGUUAUUGGAUCACACGCACAAUGAAGCAGUUCAUAGAAGCCAAUAACCAUUGCUCCGACGAAGAUGGACAUCUGGUUCACGUCUAUGACAGAAAAGAAGAAUACUUUAUUUAUUCUUUGAUUUCUCUUAAUUAUGAAAAUAACGGAGGAAAGUAUUGGCUUGAUUGGAAUAAAGAAGGAAAAUGGAUAAAUAAUACUUUUAAGUUAAGUAAGGACUCUUUCACAUUAUCGGAAGAAACUUGUUCCGCUAUAUUAUUUAAUAAGUCAAAUUUUCUGAAAAUUUCGGUUAAAUCUAACAGUUUUGCCUACGCCAUUUGUCAAAAAACUAUUAAAACUUAUUUAAUUCAAUCAUCGGAUUGUAUUUCGUGUCCGGUUUCAUGGUUUUCUUAUGGAUCUACGGACAAAUGCUAUUGGAUAUCCAAUAAUCAGACUCGAAAUUGGCUCGAAGCUCGAAGCUAUUGUCAAAAUUUUGGAGGAGAUUUAAUUACUUAUACAAGUAAAGAAGAAGAAAAUUUUAUAUUAAGUAUUAUGUCUGAAACGUUGCAAGAUUAUUGGAUAGGUCUCAACUAUUCAUUUUCACGUUAUAAAUGGACUGAAAAAUUGGGCGAUGCUACGAUUUGGAUGAGAAGAAACUUCAAAGAAUUAAAUGGAACGGAAGGAUCAAAUAAAAGUUUAUGCGUUUUUUAUAGUCAGAAAGCUAAAGAAUGGUUGCAUGAAGACUGCGAAUUGUCAAAGGGAUUUAUAUGUAAAGGUGGAAAAAAAAUAUGCGACAAGGAGUGGAAACUGUUCAACGGAAAUUGUUACAAAAUAGAGUCAUCGCUAGCUUUUACUUGGCAUCGCGCACUGAUGUAUUGCAAAGACAACAAUGGAAGUCUUUCGUCCAUCCAUUCCACUGAAGAAUUGCAAUUUCUUUCCAGAAUGAUAAGAGAAACUAAUUCCAAUGAAUUAUUUUGGAUUGGACUUUAUCAAAAUGGAAGAUACUUACAAUGGUCGGAUUCUUCACCCAUACAAUUUCUUUUAGAUGGUCUUCCAGAAGGUGAAGAUGAGAGAUGUGCCAGUUUAAAUUUUACUGGCAAAUGGUUCAGUCAUGACUGCAAUAUAAAAAAACGAUUUAUUUGUAAAAAAUCUGUCAAUUUUGAUGCCAUGUUGUCUACUACGACGGAGACGUUAUUACAAGAGGAAGAAUGUCCAGAAGUUUGGUUACAUUUUGGAAAUAAAUGCUACCUGUACGUAAAAGGCAAGAACAAAAGUCUUAGUUGGAUGGAAGCUAAUCGACAAUGUUCUUCGUUAGAAAGUCAUUUAACAACUAUACAAAAUUCAAACGAACAAGAAUUCUUAACAUUUCUGUUAGUCUACUUUGAAAAGAAUGCUUGGAUAGGAUUCAAUUCUCUAAAGAAUGAUCAAACAUUCACAUGGACAGAUAACUCGAGUAUCGACUAUACAAACUGGAAUAAAGACAAACUUAGUGAUCUAGAAACCAAACGCUGCGUAGAAAUCCUCGCUCCGAAUUCAAAAGAUGAAUUUAUUGCUGGAAAAUGGAACCCCGCUUCUUGCAAUUCGCAUCGAAGUUACUUUUGCGAGAAAAAAAUAAGUUCGAUUCAGAUGACAUCAUUAACGACGUUGCAAAGUUUAGAAACAUGUAACAAGCCUCGCGAUUGGAUUAAAUUUAAAAAUAGAUGCUACAAGAUGAUAAAUUCGAGUAAUUCGUGGCUCAAAGCGGAUUUUCAGUGCAGAAAAUAUAAUGCUCACUUAGUCACGAUUUCAAAUAGUUCUUUUAACGUUUUCAUUCAGUUUACAAAAAAAAUCUUUAAAAUAAGUUAUAAAUGGACUGAAAAAUUGGGCGAUGCUACGAUUUGGAUGAGAAGAAACUUCAAAGAAUUAAAUGGAACGGAAGGAUCAAAUAAAAGUUUAUGCGUUUUUUAUAGUCAGAAAGCUAAAGAAUGGUUGCAUGAAGACUGCGAAUUGUCAAAGGGAUUUAUAUGUAAAGGUGGAAAAAAAAUAUGCGACAAGGAGUGGAAACUGUUCAACGGAAAUUGUUACAAAAUAGAGUCAUCGCUAGCUUUUACUUGGCAUCGCGCACUGAUGUAUUGCAAAGACAACAAUGGAAGUCUUUCGUCCAUCCAUUCCACUGAAGAAUUGCAAUUUCUUUCCAGAAUGAUAAGAGAAACUAAUUCCAAUGAAUUAUUUUGGAUUGGACUUUAUCAAAAUGGAAGAUACUUACAAUGGUCGGAUUCUUCACCCAUACAAUUUCUUUUAGAUGGUCUUCCAGAAGGUGAAGAUGAGAGAUGUGCCAGUUUAAAUUUUACUGGCAAAUGGUUCAGUCAUGACUGCAAUAUAAAAAAACGAUUUAUUUGUAAAAAAUCUGUCAAUUUUGAUGCCAUGUUGUCUACUACGACGGAGACGUUAUUACAAGAGGAAGAAUGUCCAGAAAAACGAUUUCGAUAUAAAUGGAUAUCGGGAUGGCCGGUUUUAUUUACUAAUUGGGGUAAAGAUCAACCCGGAAAAGAAGGAUUAUGCUCGAUAAUGCUCCCAUCUGGUCAAUGGAUGACUAAAUCUUGUCUGGAAAAUUUCCCUUUUGUAUGCGAAACAACGCCAGAUUUAUUACCGAGUGAUCCUUCCGAUAGACUCGGAUUAUGCUCUUCCAAAUCUGAUGGAUGGAUGGAUCUUGGGAAAAAAUGUUAUUAUUUCGAAGGAAAAGCUUUAGUAUCUUUAUCGGAAGCUAAGCUAGAAUGUUUGCGCAAAGAUAGCGAGUUGAUAAGUUUACAUUCUGUAGAAGAUAUUAAUAUCGUAUCAAAAUACAUUAAAUAUACUUCUACUUCGUAUUGGAUAGGAUUAGUUCGUAAACAAGAUGGAAGCUUUUCCUGGACAGAUUACAGUCCUGUAAAUUUUGUCUAUUGGGAUGAUAAUCAACCUGCUGAUAAUUAUAGAGAUAAUUGUGUGGAAAUGCAUAGAAAACGCAAAACGUGGAGUAUGGUAGAUUGCAAAUUGAAAAGAGGAUAUAUAUGCACAAAGAAAAAAAAUGAAACAAUCAGAGAAACGAAACAAAUGAGAUUGUACACGAAAAACAAGAAAAUCAACAACAAAAGUUUUCACCCCGGUAUUAUAGUGGUGAUUACUGUGGUUUGUAUAUCUGUGAUGAUCUGCAUGAUUUAUCUGAUCAUUAUUUGUAUUAAAAAAACCCGAAAAAAAGAGACUCCGAUAAUAACAGAUAGUAAUGAAGAAACUAUGACCUAUUCCAAUGUUGCAUUCGUAGAUGAAUAUUCCGAAGAUUCUUCCGACGUCAAUAGGAAUCAAUUUGGAAUAAUAUAAGCCUACGUUUAUUGUGAUAGUCGCUAUAAAUUCUAUUGUAAUUUUUAUAAGUAAAUAAUGAAAAUAAAUAUAUUUAAUAAUAUAAACUGA